AUGUGUCACCACGCACAGUGACCUGUGACAGUAGUGACAGUAUACUUAUCGCUGGGUGUAUUUGAGGUUAUCCGUGGAAGACUAAUCGCUGUCAGUAACUUGUUGAAUAGAGAGCUGCUGAGCAGUGGCCUUGGUGAGUUAAAAGUAGACAACGCUCAAAUGGCAGGGCAAAAUUAUUUGAGUGAUUCGAAAAACCCUUUCUUCGCACUGGAAGAUGACGUGGAUGAUGAAACGUUUUUACGAAGUGCCCCACCGAGAUCGCAGCCGUCUUCAAGCUUUGCGACGUACAAUAGUUACACCAAUUACAACAAUGAUCUUGAACAACAAAGGGAUCAGUUGAUGGAACGCAAAAAAGCCAUUGAACAACGAACUCUCCAAUCUUCCGAAAGAUCUAUAUCUCUUUUGAGGGAUUCGGAACAAAUCGGCGCUGCUACAGCAGAGGAACUGAUGAGACAACGUGAACAGCUGGAAAAAACAGAGAAACGAUUAGAUGAUAUCAACAGCACGUUGCGUUUCAGUCAGAAACAUAUUCAAGGAAUAAAAAGUGUUUUUGGUAGCCUCAAGAAUUAUCUCAGUGGAAAGUCGAUUGACGGUCCUCCACCUUCUAGCAAUAAUCUGAAAUGUCCUGAGUCUGCCAGCUCUGGGUCAUUAUCAUCGUCACCGUUAUCUGAUCCACUGGAUCGCGUGCAGACCAAUCUUUCCAAUAAUCAUCCAGCCUUGCGCAUUCGAGGACUUUUAGAUGAAGAAGAACUGCCUCGUCCUAGUGAUAAUGUCAGUGCUAUAUUAGAAAAGAAUUUAGAUGAAAUGAGCGGUUCUCUAGCAAGAUUGAAAGGCUUGGCUGUUGGGUUGACGGAAGAAAUUGAUUCUCAGAAUGAUUUGAUUGAAAAUGUUAUGGAUAAAACGGAAAAGGCAGAUAUUUCAAUUGAUAGGCAGAAUAAAGACAUUACACGUUUGCUGAAAAAGUAAAUGAACAGUGUGCAAUAAACAAUCGUAACCACUUAAUUUAUUCAUCAGUCCAAGUUGCGUGGAAUGUUAAGUGGAUGUUUUUUUAUUAGGUCUCUGUAAUGAAAACUGAGCCUUUUUCUCGCUAUUGCUGAAGGUCUAUCAUUUAUUGCAAUGAAACACUUAAUAACUGUGGAUUGCUGAAACUGGAUCUAGGUAAUCUUGAGUAGCAAUGUGGUGGUUUUGAGGUAGUCGUAAUAUUAUGAUAAUAGUAAAUUAUCGUAUAACAUACAUUCAUAUUGAAACAUUAUGUAUUAUUAUAUAUUACAAACCAAAUACUUGCAUAAUGAA